AUGCCGGGUAGUGACACGGCGCUCACCGUGGACCGGACCUACUCGGACCCGGGCCGGCACCAUCGCUGCAAGAGCCGGGUAGAACGUCAUGACAUGAAUACCUUAAGCCUGCCCCUGAACAUACGCCGAGGAGGGUCGGACACCAACCUCAACUUUGAUGUACCAGAUGGCGUCCUGGAUUUUCACAAGAUCAAGCUCAAUGCGGACAGCCUGAAGCAAAAAAUUUUAAAGGUAACAGAGCAGAUAAAAAUUGAGCAAACCUCCCGCGAUGGGAAUGUUGCAGAGUAUCUGAAACUGGUCAGCAGCGCAGACAAGCAGCAGGCUGGACGGAUCAAACAGGUCUUUGAGAAGAAGAAUCAGAAGUCAGCUCACUCGAUUGCCCAGCUGCAGAAGAAGUUAGAGCAGUAUCACCGAAAGCUCAGGGAGCUCGAACAAAAUGGAGCCUCCAGAAGCUCGAAGGACAUUUCCAAAGACAACCUGAAGGACAUACACCCUUCUCUGAAAGAUGCCCAUGCGAAAUCUCGAACUGCACCCCACAGCAUGGAGAGUAGUAAAUCAGGCAUGCCGGGGGUGUCCCUCACGCCACCUGUGUUUGUCUUCAGUAAAUCCAGAGAGUUUGCUAACUUGAUGCGGAAUAAGUUUGGCAGCGCUGACAACAUUGCUCACUUAAAAAACUCCUUAGAGGAGUUUAGGCCUGACGCCAGUGCCAGGGCCUAUGGGGGCAGCACUACCAUAGUGAACAAACCCAAAUACGGCAGUGAUGACGAGUGUUCGAGCGGCACGUCGGGCUCCGCUGACAGUAAUGGGAACCAGUCCUUUGGGGCUCGUGGGGCCAGCACGCUGGACAGCCAGGGCAAGCUCACCGUGAUCCUGGAGGAACUGAGGGAGAUUAAGGACACCCAGGCACAGCUGGCCGAGGACAUUGAGGCUCUGAAGGUGCAGUUUAAGAGAGAAUACGGUUUUAUUUCUCAGACCCUGCAAGAGGAGAGAUACAGGUACGAACGAUUGGAAGACCAGCUCCAUGACCUGACGGAUUUGCACCAGCAUGAGACAGCCAACCUGAAACAGGAGCUGGCCAGCAUCGAGGAGAAGGUGGCCUACCAGGCCUACGAGCGGUCGCGGGACAUCCAGGAAGCCUUGGAGUCCUGCCAGACUCGCAUUUCUAAGCUGGAGCUCCAUCAGCAGGAGCAGCAAGCCCUGCAGACAGACACCGUGAAUGCCAAAGUUCUCCUGGGGAAGUGCAUAAACGUCAUCCUAGCCUUCAUGACGGUUAUCUUAGUGUGUGUGUCGACUCUCGCAAAGUUUGUCUCUCCCAUGAUGAAGAGCCGCUUCCACAUUCUUGGCACCUUCUUUGCCGUGACUCUCCUUGCGAUAUUUUGUAAAAACUGGGACCCUAUUCUGUGUGCCAUAGAAAGGAUAAUAAUACCAAGAUGA